AUGCAGCCGGCGGCGGCUCCUCCUGCGCUCGGUGCCCAAGGUCGGUGCCGAUUCCUGCCUGUUCCCAGUCGGAGGCGGAGCCUCGGACCGUCCCUCGGUGCACAUAUAGCCCGGGCAGGAGCCCGGCCGGACACAGGAGCCGGGGUAUGGAGACUGAGGUGCACGUCCCGAUCGGGGCGCCCGCCGUGCCCAAGUUCGCCAUCUACGUGGACGAGACCGACGUGAUCCCCGGCGCUUUGGCGCUGGUCGGCAAGCUGCGGCCCAAGUGGGACAUGAGCCAGGUGAAGACCAAGUUAUUUACAGAUGGAAUCACAAACAAACUGGUUGGCUGCUACAUGGGGAACAAAAUGGAAGAUGUCGUCUUGGUGAGAGUUUAUGGCAACAAGACUGAGCUGUUUGUGGAUCGGGACAAUGAGCUGAAGAGCUUCCAAGUCCUGCAUGCCAAUGGUUGUGCUCCAAAACUCUAUUGCACAUUUCAGAAUGGUCUUUGUUAUGAGUUCAUGCAUGGAACAGCACUCUGCCCACAACGUGUACGGGAGCCAACUCUGUUCAGGCUCAUAGCAACAGAGCUGGCAAGGAUUCAUUGCAUUCAUGCCCACAAUGGCUGCAUUCCGAAACCCAACCUCUGGGUGAAAAUGCGGAAGUACAUGGCUCUUGUCUCCUCUGAGUUCACACCAGAAGCUAAAAAUACCCGGAUUCAGAAGAAGGUGCCACCUUUGGAGACACUGGAGAAGGAGAUGGCUUGGAUGAAGGAAUACCUGUCAGAGCUGAACUCUCCCACAGUGCUCUGCCAUAACGAUCUACUUUGCAAGAAUAUCAUCUACAAUGAAAAGGAAGGUUGGGUGAAAUUUAUUGACUACGAGUAUUCCGGUUACAAUUACCAGGCUUUCGAUAUCGGAAACCAUUUCAAUGAAUUUGCAGGAGUGAACGAGGUGGACUACAGCCUGUAUCCAGACCAAUCCUUACAGUUCCAAUGGUUGAGAACCUAUCUAGAGGCUUGUAAGCAAUUUACUAAGAAGGGAGGCGAGGUGACCGAUAAUGAAGUACAGAUGCUGUAUGUUCAAGUCAACAAAUUCUCAUUAGUGUCUCAUUUCUUCUGGGGGUUCUGGGCAUUGAUUCAAGCCAAGUACUCAACAAUAGACUUUGAUUUCCUUGGGUAUAGUGUGCUGAGGUUUAACCAGUAUUUCAAGAUGAAACCCCAAGUCAUCGUUCUCCAGAUGCCUGCAUGAUGGUGUGAUUGAUCUUCCACCCUUGCUGCACAAUCGUCCAGAAACUCUCUGUUGGUCUUUCCAGCUCCUUCCCAAGGACAGACUCUGACAACCACUUGUUCCCAUCACAAGCUGCCAUCUGAGGAAUAGACUUUCCCCAAACUCUUGACUGUUCCCUUUAAGCACAGACAGCUCUGAGAAAUUGGUACACACUCCUCUCGUGACUAAAGCCACCGCUCCAUGUUUUGCUUUUGGUUUUGGAUCCCAGUUGUACCCAGAGAUGUGGACACAAGGGCUUUUUGGAAUCAUUCCUGUGACCCCCCUUUCCCAAUUACUCUAAUCUAUAUCCAAUUUAGUCUUGAUAGGGACCAAGCUGAGGACAGGUGGCUAUGAGAAGGGGAACGGGGUAAUGAAGUGGGGAGUCUGAGAGGGGUUGUUUUUUUUAUUUAUAAAAUGCACUUGCCUAUCUUUUAGUUUCUGAUUAGUCAUUUAGUUUAUGCCACCAUGAAUACAGGGAGGUCACACACUGACAAAGAUUGAAGGUUUAAAACAAUUUCUGCGUUUAAACUUUUCCAAAAAUUAUUCAGAAGAAGUGAUGUUUUGUCUCAGCCCUAACUGUGCAAGAGUGGACUCAGUACAUCUGUGUUGCAAUUUUUUCUUUAUUAAUAAGCUACCUGUGUUGUGUGUGUGUGUGUGUAUAUGUGCAUGUGUGAGUGAGAGAGAGAGAGAGACCACAAACAGGAAUGGGGGCUCAAAGCUUUCUGAGAGGUUCUGAAAUGUGUAAUAAAGCUACAUGCUGUACCCUACUGUCAUAUGAUCCUGUAGUGCUCAGAGUUGAACCCUAUCCAGUCUGCAAGCUUGGUAACCACAGGAAAGAAGCAGUUGAUAUUUUUCUUUUGGGUGAAGAGGGUAGAAUUAGAGGGGAUAAAUUUAAAAUGGAAAUGAGACGACAUUUCUUCAGCCAGAGAGUGGUGGGCUUGUGGAAUUCAUUGCCAUGGAGUGCAGUGGGGGCCGGGACGUUGGAUGCCUUCAAGGCAGAGAUCGACAAAUUCUUGGUCUCACAAGGAAUCAAGGGCUAUGGGGAGAGUGCAGGGAAGUUGAGUUGAAAUGCCCAUCAGCCAUUAUUUAAAUGGCGGAGUGGACUCGACGGGCCGAAUGGCCUUACUUCCACUCCUAUGUCUUAUGGUCUAGAUUGGGAUGGGGUGGGGAACCAAUUCUCUGCAUCAGUGGAAACUGCAGGCAUAAGUUAACUUCCCGUUUGGAAAGCAAUUAGAGAAUAGCAUCAUAAUGACCUGAGAAUUGGGAUGAAGACAGCAGACAUCUGCUCUUGUUCAAACUACAUAUCCAGAUCAGGAGAGAAUGAGUGAAUGGCUUCAGUGCCCUGUGACCGAUUGACUGGGGGCCAAAGGCUGUGAAUUUUGAUAGCUUUUAUUGAAUCAUUGUCCUUUUGAAAAACACCUUACCUCGUGAGGGAGGCUCUUGUUGUAUGAUAGCUUGUAUAUUUGCCACUAACUUAAGACUUUAUGUUUUCCCCACUGUUAUUGAUUGACAGCAUUUUACGCUGCUGCUAUUUUGAGUUUCUGUCCACAGGAUUACUUCAGAAGUCUUUGGUUAGGCCACUGGCUGAAUAAACGCAAGGCUGUUAAUGGUUUUUGACUCGAUUAGAAAGACUGCAUUGGUCCCACUCAGUCUAUUGGUCAGGGAGAUGAAGCAGGACUUUCUGAACCUUUUGGGUUAAUCUCGGGCCAAAGAAAACAAAAUUCCCCUUGCUAUUGCUGCUGCUACUUCAAUGUACAGGGAGGUUCACAUGAAAAUAUUCAUUAGCCCCAAAAUUCAGUGAAGAGUAGUGAUCAGAUUAGAAACUGCUGUUACUUUGUCUCCUCAUGUUUACUGCUGAUCACAGUCAUCUUGUACAUGGUUCUUGGAUCUGACAGCAGUUCUGAAACAAGACCUCAAAUGCUCUUCCUUUAAACCCGACUGAAGCUUCUUGUUUCAUUCUUUUUUCAGUCAACAGAGGUAGGUUUGUAGCAUGAUGGUUGAAGCCUCACAAACAGGGCAGAGCUGUGAUGCAUUUAGCUAGACUGUUUUCCCAUUGGUGCACUGUGCCACAGUUAGUUUCUCUGAUUGAGAUGUAUCACUGCUUUCUUUGUGGCUUCGAACCUGCCUUUGUUUGACCAUGAGGCUGAGUUGGCAGAAAAUCAGCCAAUUUGACCUAAUCAUCUGAGGUUAAAUUGUAGCCCUUGCCGUCUUCAAGUCUUAGAGAUGGAGGAGAAUGAAGUAAGAAAUUUUCCCUCUCCCAUCCGCUGAGCUGGUCAGAGUGGCCAUAGGCAUCGCAGUCAUGGUGAGGGUACUUGCAUUUCUUAAUCAGCGGGUAAAGUCAGACUGAAGAAGUAGCAGGAAUGGCGUGUGGACCUUUCAGCAUUUCAGCAACCCUUCUGCUCCCCAUCCGACCCUAUUUACUAAUUCCAAAUUCACUACUGACCACAAUAUGCAUCUCAACCAAUUGUUUACAGAAACCUAACAUCGAGACUUCUUUUGAACUGUUCAUUUUGUAAUUAUGGUGCGAUUUUUUUUUUGUGAAAUGCCUGUUUGUAAACAAGUAAACUUUGUGAUAUUUAUUAGUGUGCAAACUUUGUCCAGUUUGAAACUAAGAUCAGUGGUUUCUGCCAAAGUAUUUGGUUAAUGAUCCAGACAUUUAACUGUGACACAUUGUACUAGAGUGGUCUCUUGAAUCAUUUAUGCUCAACUCAGUGACUCGGAGGUUAGUUUGUACAGGAGAUUUGCCUUCUACCAAGUCUCUCAAUCAGUCAGUGCCCAGGGUGAGAGAGUCAUGGAGCAAAGAGGGAUGCAGUAAGAAGGGCAAUGGUCGUGGCUGAGGGAUUUGGGGAGACUUCACUUCAUCUCAUUUUGCUUUGGCUUGUGUUAAAAGUUCAUCAAGCCACUCUUAAUAAACUCAAUAACAGAUUCUUCCCAAUCCUAAUGUAUCAAAGCAUCAAGAUGUUGAACUGAGGAGAAUUUAAUCGCACUGUUUGCACAUCAUGUGAGUUUUAAUCCUGCAGCAAUUUGAGGCUUGUAACCUGGUCUUGUAUAUGCUUGAAGAGGGAGUACAUUGUACCAAGCUAUUUGGUUUAUUUGACUAAAUCUGUACUUUUGGUUGACAUAAUAAUCCACAUUCCCAAGUGGUGUUGAGCAAAAUUGACCAUAUGAUCGGUGCAAGAUAACCUGGGAUAAAACUGACAGCUGAGAGGAUCUGGGACCAGCUGGUUUCUCUACCUCUUGCAGAAUCCGAUGAAACAUUUUGAUUGUAUUACUAAUAACCUUGUAAAUAAAAUACAGUCUCUGGAAGACUUUCUGUGCAUUCACCUCAAAA